AGGCAUCAGGCCCAACUGCACCCACCUAUCUCCACAAACAGGACUGGGCAUUAAGCUGGAAACACACACUCACACACUAGUAUGCUUUACACACUUUUCAAAUGAGUCAUAGGAGCAGAAUAGUCAUAGAGGCAGGUCCAUCUCACUCUUACAUAUACUCUUACACAUAACGACAGCAGCUUCUACUACGGGACAUUUUUUAUUGUUAUCCUGUUAUAUUAGACAUACAUACAUACACAGACAUCUGUACAAGUACAUUAAUUACUUACAUAAACAUAAACUAAAACUAAAACGUCAUUGGAUGAAAAAAUGGAUUUCCUCCUAUAUUCCCUGAUGUUUCUGCCUCUCCUGUAUAUUUCAGCAGCGUCCCAACCUACGUCAUCGCAAAAAACAAUCCUGUCAAGUCCUGCGACUGAGAAAAUAACCACAAGUACCGUGAGAAGAGAAGGGGAUCCAGGAGCCACUGUAACUUCAACCCCACGCGUCAAUACAACAGGGAGCACCACUGUCAUAAGUUCGACCUCUUCUACAGCAUCACCGGUCUACCAAACAACGGGCCUAACAGGAAUACUGAUGAGCAUCCACUCUACAACAUCAACAUCACAGAGAUCCACAAGAAGCCCAGGUUCUCCACCAGAUGAGGCAAUAACUUCUACUCCGCAUCAAUCUAGCUCCAGCUCAAGUCCACAGUUGUCAAGGGCAACAACACAAGCCCUAUCUCCGGAGGAAAAUGCAAUGGACUCAUUAUUAUCUUCUUCUCCUUCUCCGACUACACAGCCGGGAAGCAGCCUCACCAUGGUGGCCUUUGGAGUGAUGACCUUCAUUCUCAUCCUAAUCAUCAUCAUGGUGAUUUUGGUGGCAACUGUAAAUAUGAAAGGGCAGUGCAAUAACAACGAGGGAAAAGAUAAAAAAAGUUGGGAAUCUGUCAUUGAGAGCAAUGUUACAACCAGUGGAGAGAAAGAGAGCAUUACACUAGUCUCUAUGAGGACAAUUAACACAGAAACUGAUACAGAUUCUCCUCGUCUUUCGUCCGUCCAUAGCACCAUAUUAGACAAUGACGAACUAGAGGUCUACAGAGAUUAACUCACAUCAGAGGCUGAACUUACUUUUGCUGGGUGAAAACAAGAAGAGUCUGCAGCAACACCAGACCAAAUCAGUUUUGUAAAAAAAAAAAAAAUCCCUCUGUAUUAGGCUACUGAUGAGUAUUUCCAUUAAUGUAGUUGAUUGUUUUGUCUCUUUGUGUUAUUAAUGCAACGAUAGGACUUGGGUAUGCUGUUGUAUAGGGGUGAAGUCCAGUAAAUUGGGCCACUUUUUCGGUCAAAUGUGCAUGAAAACCAAAAUCCACUCAACUCACCUCUACAAUUUUGUUGAAAAUAGGAAGCAAAAGUAAGUUUUAAAAUAAUGUUUUAAGCUCAACAGCUGUUUAUGCACAGAAUGUCUGCCUUCUGAGUCAACAUGUUGCGUAUCUGGUCAAAUGGACCAUGCAUCAGGCUAAAAUGGACCAUUGAAAUUAAACAGAAGUUUGCAUAAUUCUAAUAAAUGAAAUUAAAACUUG